GGUAGUUAUGGUGGGACCCCGGUGGGACCAGUGCAAAUGACCCGCAUUUAAUCAGUGGAACUCACGUGUUGACAUGGAAUCUGGAAAUAAUAGCGGAUUUGCUGCGAUAAAACCGGAGUUCAUAAUUGCUAACCAUGAAAGAACUUUAGCUUUAGAGUGCCUUUCCGAAGAUGACAAGAAAAGGUUGGCAGAUGUUGAUUCAUCCAAAGAUUCAAAUGAGCCUAAUAAACACCAAAAACUUAAUAACGGUCAAAGAAGAAUUCUCAAAGGACAAAAUAAAGCAAGACCUUGCCCAUUCACUCGUACACCUGAAACGGAAUUGUGUAGUUCUGCAACUGAUUUAUUGGAAUCUGAUGCAAUACCCGAGUGUUCCAAUCCCAAAUGUAGGUUUAUGCAUAGUAUUGAAGACUAUCUGAAACUUAAGCCAGCUAAUAUUGAUUCAACAUGUUAUGUAUAUUCAAUUAGAGGAAGAUGCCCAUGGGGAGUUUCAUGCAGGUUUGGUUCUGAACAUACCACUGAUUCUGGACGAAACAUAAUUAAUGAGGGUGUUUGGGAGGAAUAUCAAAGAAAACCACAAUCUGAAACAAUAAAUUCACUCUCUAGAGAUAUUCAAUUUAAGCUGCGGAAAAAGAAGUAUGACUUUGAUAAGAGUGAGAAAAUUUUAUUAAAAUAUUCUAAAAACAAACCUGCAGAUAAGAAAUGUGAUCAAAAGACUGAAGAUAAAGAAGAAGAGAAAGAAAUGAAGGGUCUGGAAAAUUUAGAAGUGAAAAAUUCUGAAGAGACAUCUGAUGAGAAAAAUGUAUCUGUAGAGAUCAGUUGUUCAUCAAGUAAUGCUGGUGAUAAGGAUAUUGUGAAAAAUGACAAGCCAUCUGGGUGUGUGACAGAUGAAGAUGUAAUAUCCAUUAGAAAAGAAGAGAAAAAAAAGAUUGAUUGGUCAGGAAAAUUGUAUCUUUCGCCUUUAACAACUGUUGGUAAUCUGCCAUUUCGGAGAAUAUGUCGAGACUUCGGGGUGGACAUUACAUGUGGAGAAAUGGCUCUUGCCACAUCACUUCUCCAAGGAGCAUUUCAAGAAUGGGCUCUUGUGAAACGACACAGCAGUGAAAACCUCUUUGGAGUUCAGUUGUGUGGCAACAAUCCUUAUGUCAUGACACGAUGUGCUCAACUACUUCAAGAACAAGCUGUUGUGGAUUUUGUUGAUAUCAAUCUUGGCUGUCCAAUAGAACUCAUCUAUCAGCAGGGUGCUGGUAGUGGUCUCUUGCGUCGAGAAAGAAUAUUAGAGUCAGUUGUACGUUCAAUGUCAGAAGUCCUUACUGUCCCAUUGACAGUAAAACUACGCACAGGUGUGAGCAAUAACAAAAAUAUUGCUCAUACUUUAGUCCCCAAAUUUGGAGAAUGGGGUGCUUCUCUGAUAACGCUUCAUGGGCGAUCUCGUGAACAACGAUAUACCCGUUUGGCUGAUUGGCCUUAUAUUGAAGAAUGUGCAAAAUUGGCCAAACCUACUCCACUUUUUGGCAAUGGGGACAUUCUAUCGUUUGAAGAUUACGAAAAUGCUCUUAAAAAUCAUCCUUCUGUAGCUGGAGCAAUGAUAGGUCGAGGAGCUCUUAUUAAGCCGUGGAUCUUCACAGAGAUUAAAGAGCGAAGACAUUGGGAUAUUUCUAGUUCUGAACGAUUUGAUUUACUGAAGAAAUAUGUGAACUAUGGUCUUGAGCACUGGGGUUCUGAUACAAAGGGUGUGGAGAAUACACGGCGUUUCCUUCUUGAAUGGCUUUCAUUUCUGCAUCGUUAUAUUCCUGUAGGAAUAUUAGAACAUGUGCCUCAACACAUGAAUGAAAGGCCACCAUUCUAUAAGGGUCGUGAUGAAAUGGAGACGCUAAUGGCAAGUUCCAAUUGUGCUGAUUGGGUUAAAAUCAGUGAACAGUUGCUGGGACCAGUACCUGAGGGUUUCCAUUUCCUACCAAAACACAAGGCAAAUUCAUGGAAAUGAAGAUGAAAUAAUUAUUUAUUGUACAGACAUGGUGUUUUUUUUUGAGAAUUGUACAUUUUCCUUAUGGAAAGAAAUGUCUUGACGAACCUCAUUUUUGUACUUCAACUUCCUUUACACUACGUGCAUCUCCUGUGAUUCCAGACUCCAAAGUAAAGAGAUAUUACUCAACUAAUUGCAAUUAUUUUUUUUUUUUACCUUUCAUUUAUACAUUUCCCCCGCAAACUUAUUUUGUUUUUUAGUACAAAUGUGAAAUAUUUUCAAUUUUGUGAAGAAGAGAAGGCUAUUUGUAAUCUUUUAUUUUCAUUGAUAUAAAAUAUUAAGCAUCAGACAAAAAAAAAUCUGGUUUCCUUAUUUCAGUGCACGUGUUCCAGGGUUUCCUCUGAGAUCAAUGUAGUAAAUUUUGGGUUUUAUUCCAUUCCCUCAUUGAAUUGUGAUGUCAUGAGAUUAAUGAAAGAAAG